GGGGCCAUUCGAACGAAACAUGCACUUCGCGCAGUAUGCCUGCACGCCGUCCAUCUUUUAGGCGCCGCCAUGGAAAAUAGUGCAUCAUGGUCACCCGCGCCUGGACAUGAUUCGUCGGCCCGCACGAGGUACAUGCAUGGGCAGGUCCUGCGUCACGCGCCCCCAACCAAACACGACACCGUAAACGUUCACUCCGAGGUCAACCUCUUCGCGGCACAGGCAAGAAAGCCAGGACUCUGCCUAAGUCGCAACCGAUACCCUCGCCGUUCAAGACGCAUGUCACUGUCACCAUACAAAGUGGCCCAUUGCGUGUUCUGGCGUCACCGUCCUCAACACGACCGGGCAACCGUGCGAUUAAGCAACGUCAUUCGUGUUGCUCAGGUAGUGUGCUCAGCUCCUGUACGUAGAGUGAAGGUACUGGAGCUAACGUGUUCGACAUGGUUUGGAAGAGAUCGUCCUCUUCAGGUUCGAAACGAUUCUUCAGGCCAGGAUAACUGUGACCAUCGGAGACCUGAGGACAGGCUGAGUUCAACCGGAGACAGACUUGAUGACCAACAAAUAUCCUCAAGCUAGCUCCUGCAUGAUCUAUCAAGACGCAAGAUUACGGUAUUCCUACGCCGUCGACGUGGUCGG